AUGAAUAUAUAUUGGUAAGAUCUAUCCAAUGCUUGGAAUAAUUUUAUAAAAGAUUUCAAGAGUUCAUUUUGCAUUUAAUUCAAUAAAUCAGCUUAACUACAAUAAAAUUCAAAGUUAGAUACAUAACUAGGAGGUUAAACAAUGAUUUCAAAAGGGUUUUUAGAAUUGAUAGAGUUAGUGAAAAGUAAAAGAAUAAAAAAGAAUGUGAUUGUUAUUUUUAUCACAGAUGGAGUAGGGGAUGAUAAAUUGGAAGAUUACAUUGAAAAUUUAGCUGAAGAAUUCUCACAAUUUCAUUAGCAAGAAUAUUAAUUUAAAUUUUUCACAAUUGCAGUUGGAACUUCAUUUUCUCACAUUAUUGUUGCUGAACUGAAAAAUAGAAUUCAUAAUUCAACUUUAAUAAGUUCUUAGAUGGAACUUAUUUAAGAUUCGAAAGUUGAUUUUGAAAAAAUAUUAGAAGAAAUAAAAGCAGAAUUAUUCUACCCUUUGAUUAAGGUUGAACCAUCAGUUUCAUUAGUACCAUAAGGUAAAAAAUUAAAUACAAUUGCACCUAAUUAAACAUUCAUUUCAGAACAUCCAAUGGUCAACUUAAAUGGAAAAAAAAUUAAUCUCAAAGAAAUGCCUGUGUCAAAUAAUGAUGUAUGCUAAGUUGUGAAUUAGAUUUUUUUAAAAUUGCUAUAAGAUAACAUAAGAGGUUUGAGUUCAGUAAAAGAUGAGGCAACAAAAUAAAUCUAAAUAAUAAGUGAAUUAAUGGAAAAAGUACCUUAAUAAGAUCGAAUUGGUUUAAUGUCAGAUAUUUAGGAAACAAUGACAAAGAUUCAAGAUCUUGCUUCAGAAAAAUAAUAAUUAAAAUUAUUAUCAGCUUAAUAAGCAGCUAAAUCUAUUGCUGAUUUGUAAAAAAAGAGUAUUGAAAAAAGUAUUCAAAAACAAUAAGUAUUUUUAUAAUUAAAUAUGUUAGAUUGAUUAAUAAUAAAAAAUAAAUUAAGAGAAUCUUCAGAAAGCAAAGAAAAAGCUAGGUAGCUUGAAAAAAUCAGUUAAAAUAAAAACAAUUUUUACAUAAAUAGAAUAAUUUUUUAAAGAUAAUAAUGCAAAUCCUUAAUUAUUAGUUAAAUUAUUGCAAGAGAAAAAGGGAGGUUUGAACUUAUAGCGUUAUUCUUUGGAAUAUUAAGAUGAAUGUACUUAAUUAUUUGAAUUGCUUUAUAUGUGCAAUAAUUGAAAUUAUAUUAACUUAUUAUUUAUAUUUUAUCAUAAAAAAUUUACACAUUAUUAAACAAAAUCAGUACCUAAUUUAAAGAUCCUGUUAUAACAUAAUUGUUUAAUAUUGAAAAGAUUAAUCUAUUAUAUUUAUAGNUUAAUUAAUUCUACUUAUAUACUGUAGUAGAUUAAAAAGCAGACAAUAAUUUUUCUGUUGUAGGUGUAAUUGAUGGAUCUACAAGUAUGAAUAUAUAUUGGUAAGAUCUAUCCAAUGCUUGGAAUAAUUUUAUAAAAGAUUUCAAGAGUUCAUUUUGCAUUUAAUUCAAUAAAUCAGCUUAACUACAAUAAAAUUCAAAGUUAGAUACAUAACUAGGAGGUUAAACAAUGAUUUCAAAAGGGUUUUUAGAAUUGAUAGAGUUAGUGAAAAGUAAAAGAAUAAAAAAGAAUGUGAUUGUUAUUUUUAUCACAGAUGGAGUAGGGGAUGAUAAAUUGGAAGAUUACAUUGAAAAUUUAGCUGAAGAAUUCUCACAAUUUCAUUAGCAAGAAUAUUAAUUUAAAUUUUUCACAAUUGCAGUUGGAACUUCAUUUUCUCACAUUAUUGUUGCUGAACUGAAAAAUAGAAUUCAUAAUUCAACUUUAAUAAGUUCUUAGAUGGAACUUAUUUAAGAUUCGAAAGUUGAUUUUGAAAAAAUAUUAGAAGAAAUAAAAGCAGAAUUAUUCUACCCUUUGAUUAAGGUUGAACCAUCAGUUUCAUUAGUACCAUAAGGUAAAAAAUUAAAUACAAUUGCACCUAAUUAAACAUUCAUUUCAGAACAUCCAAUGGUCAACUUAAAUGGAAAAAAAAUUAAUCUCAAAGAAAUGCCUGUGUCAAAUAAUGAUGUAUGCUAAGUUGUGAAUUAGAUUUUUUUAAAAUUGCUAUAAGAUAACAUAAGAGGUUUGAGUUCAGUAAAAGAUGAGGCAACAAAAUAAAUCUAAAUAAUAAGUGAAUUAAUGGAAAAAGUACCUUAAUAAGAUCGAAUUGGUUUAAUGUCAGAUAUUUAGGAAACAAUGACAAAGAUUCAAGAUCUUGCUUCAGAAAAAUAAUAAUUAAAAUUAUUAUCAGCUUAAUAAGCAGCUAAAUCUAUUGCUGAUUUGUAAAAAAAGAGUAUUGAAAAAAGUAUUCAAAAACAAUAAGUAUUUUUAUAAUUAAAUAUGUUAGAUUGAUUAAUAAUAAAAAAUAAAUUAAGAGAAUCUUCAGAAAGCAAAGAAAAAGCUAGGUAGCUUGAAAAAAUCAGUUAAAAUAAAAACAAUUUUUACAUAAAUAGAAUAAUUUUUUAAAGAUAAUAAUGCAAAUCCUUAAUUAUUAGUUAAAUUAUUGCAAGAGAAAAAGGGAGGUUUGAACUUAUAGCGUUAUUCUUUGGAAUAUUAAGAUGAAUGUACUUAAUUAUUUGAAUUGCUUUAUAUGUGCAAUAAUUGA